AAAUUUGCUGUUUGUAAAUUUUGAGUGUCAUCGAGUUAACAGUAUAGCCGAAGGCUGUUUGCACUACCCUACUGCUCAAUCUGUUUUCACCUAGCUGCUUUGAUAAGGGUGGUUCCAAAUAACCGAAAAUGAAUUUGCGCAAAGUCGCAAGACUUUCUCCCACAUGGCGAAUUACUCUUUGGGGGAAGGAGCCCGCAGGCGCAAUGUGAGAAUCGCGAGGUUUAGGGUAGGUCAUACUCUUGGCCGCGUCCUGGCCCCAAACGUCCAUCUCUGUGACAGCCUGGUCUCUUGAACCUGAGUAAUGGGCUUCACGUAAUCGCCAAUGGCAGGAUUGACCGUCUAGAUGCUGCUGCUAUUGCUCAGUUUCCCCGCGAAUUCCGCGCCAUUCCCCGCAAACCUGCCUCCCCCAACAUCGCAGCCAUGGCCUGCCCUGCCCGAACCUACCCUCUCAACAGGCCCGACGGUCACCAGCCGCCGGUGCCUAGAUGGCAUCUCCGGUUUGAUGAAGAUGUCCAGAAAGCCCACAUACUCUAUUUCGGCGUCCAACAAGCCAGUGACUCUCCUGGACUCCGGGCUGAGGCCAAAGCCAUUGUGCAGACCGUCCGAGACCGGAUCUCGGAUUUCGGAUCACAUCCGUCACCAGCAGCUGUGGAGGAGUUCGAGGUCAUCGACGCAAAGUCCAGCAAUCGAUCGCAUGUGACCGUGGCAUACUGGACAGAUGAAGAAGCUUAUCGGAAGUUGCUGGACUCCUUGGCACUGUCAGAGAUUCAUAGCAAUGUGCCGGCCGAACAUCGCUCCCAGUUUGGCCUUUGGCUCGAGACCUUCUCUCUGCCCGUGACUCGGCUGGAGACCAACUACUCUAGCUUGGACUAUCUACCAGGGUUGGCUCGUCUGCAGAAGAGUUACACGGAGGAUCACACGCUUACUGCCUACUGGGGUGCGGCGCGCGACCGGAUUGCUGCUUCGGCGCACGAUCUCUUUUCGCCCGACGAGACAUCCCCAAAGAAAGUCGUCGAGAAGGGAGCCCAUGUCAAGGGCACCAAUGCGAAUAAUCUCGUCCAUAUACGGACAGGGCAGUUUUGGCACAACUGCGAUGAGCAGGAGGCAGAGGCGUACGAGAAGAAGCUCGAACCUACCCUCGAGAAAGGGCUAGACUACCUCCGCGAGACGCCAUCAGCAGGCGCCAUGGGUCUGCGCUACCUGCGAAACACCGUCCCUGGCCAUGACAGCAGCGCCCUUCGCAAGGAGACGUGCGUGACGUGUUUUUUCACCAGCCUCGACAAGCUCGAGGGCUGGGCCAAGAGUCACAAGUCGCAUCUGGCCAUCUACAACGGCGCGAUGAGGCAUGCUAAGAUGUUUGGCGCGGAGAGGAAGUUUCGCACGUGGCACGAGGUAGUGGUCCUGAAAAGGGGCGAGGCAAGGUUUGAGUAUCUGAAUUGUGAAGCCGAGGAGGGGAUGAUGGCUUUUGCUAGGGACGAGCAACUCGAAUGUGAGCGAUGAUAUCAAUGUUACUAUUACAGCAUGGAACAAAGGAUUAUAUGAAAACCC